UACAGAGCCUUUAUAGAUAAUGUGCGUCUGUAUGUCCACGGAGGCACCGGUGGGAUGGGUUUCCCUCGUAUCGGAGGGAGAGGAGGGGACGGGGGAGACGUCUGGGUGGUGGCCACAGAAAACACCUCGUUAAAGAAACUCAAGGACUCCUAUCCCACCAGACGUUUCAUAGGUGGAACAGGACAAAACAGCAGUGUCAAAGCUUUGACGGGAGCGAAAGGAAAAGACGUAGAGAUCCCGGCUCCUGUUGGAAUCAUUGUUACUGAAGAUGACGGCACUGUAAUUCGUGAGCUGAAUGUUCGAGGAGAUCGUGUCAGGGUGGCUAAAGGAGGAUCUGGUGGCAUGGUGCACUCUAACUUCUUUCCUAAAAAAAGCAAAGCUCGACACAUCAGGCUGGACCUAAAACUGAUUGCAGACGUAGGCUUUGUUGGGAGUUGGAGUUGUACAAAGAGGAGCUCCUGUCCAAGCCUGCCUUGUUGGCAGUAAAUAAAAUGGACCUGCCUGAAGCUGAGUACAAACUGUCACUGCUGAAAGAACAGCUACAUAACCCAGAAGCGUUUGUGGAUUUGUUGCCAGAUGACAUGAUACCAAAGAGUUUCCUGAGCUUCAGACACGUGGUGCCUAUUUCUGCUGUCAGCGGCUUCGGCCUGGAUCAUCUGAAGACGUGUGUUCGACAGUCGCUUGAUGAGCAGCAUGUGAUGGAAGCUAACGCUGACCAUCAGGAGAAGCUGCAGGAACUCAGAGAGCACUCAUCGGUGGGCCGACCUAUGACACGUGCAGUGACACGUGCAGUGACACGUGCAGUGACACGUGCAGUGCGUGGUAAAAAACGACAGAGUUUGAACUGAAGGAGACAAGCUGCUUCCCUGCAGGAACAUUCAUCUGGUCUCAUCAGGACCUUUUAUCACGUCUGGCUGAUGGUUCCAG